UCUGUCAUCGUCUUCCGUCAGUAUCAUUUGUUGUUUGUAAUUUGACUUAUUUUGUUUUGUGUUUAUAAUUUUUUCAAAGUUCAUUCAAAAAUGAGUAAUUCCAUCGAUAUUUGUCGAACAUGUUUGAAAAUUAAACCACCAGAAAAUUGUAAAAAUAUUUCGCCAAUUGUAGAAAACGACAAUUCAGAUAUAUUAGAAAUGCUUAGUUACUCUAUUCCUGAACUUGAUAUAUUUCUCGUUGUGGAUCCUGUUAUAUGUGAUAAUUGUAUUACUGCGCUUAAAGCUUCAUUCAAAUUCAAAUUGGAAUGCAUAAAAAAUGAAGAAAAGCUUUUGAAAUAUUCGAAUAAUGCUACCUCUAAAGUUGAUCUUCGAAUGUUCAAAAGCAGUAAAAAUAUUCUCGAGAAAAUGAAAGAAAAUAACAAUAAUAAUAAAGAACCCGAGAAGAUGAAUAUUGUUGAAGUAGAGACCACCAAAAUUGAGGAAGAAAAUCCUAAAAAGUCCCCUCUUAGAAAAUCAAAGAAAAUUGAGAGAAAUGUUCCUAUGAAUUCCAAAGGAUGCUUAGGAUGCAAAAUGAAAAUCAGAGAUCCAAGUUACCACAGUAAAGUGAACAUAGGACCUUUUGUCUGCUACACUUGCAAUAAAGAAGUAAACGAUAUCCAAGAUCUUCGUAAACACAUUUUAGGACAUGUGAAACCUCGAAGUUGCAAAAUAUGUCACAAAAUGUUCAGAGACUUGGAAUGUCUCAGGAGGCAUUUCAGGGUACACACUCAAGUUAACCCUUACACCUGUAAACUAUGUCAAAAACAAUUCCGACAGAAACAUAACCUCAGUCAGCACCUGAAUAUGCACUUAGGAUCUGAAAACGUGUCCUGCAAAUAUUGUAAUAAAGUAUUUUCCACCAAAUAUAACGCAAAGGUUCACAUGCAAAAUUCUCAUAGGACCAAAGAAGUUUGUGAUUUGUGUGGCCAGACAUUUUGCAACAAAGCAGCUUUGGUGGAACACUUGCAUUCCACUUCAGAGUCUUGCGGAAGUACCUUCAAGGAGAGGAGAGAGAUCAAAGAGGAGAUUUUUGUUGACGUUGAAGGUACUGUUGAAGAUGAUGUCAAGAUUGAACCAGAGACAGAUGAUCCUGACGCGUACAUUGAUGUUGUUUUCUGAUUUUUGGAAUACUUCAGAUACUUAAUGAAAACUCAUUAUAACGUAAUGAAAUAACAUAUAAAAUGAAGAAAAUAACUUUUGUAUAAUGUCUGCUAAGUUUAUUAUUCAGUACGACUGGUUUCGGUUUAUUUGACCAUUUUCAAGUUAUUAACUUUUCAAGUUACUUUAAAAUAGUAUAAUAAAACCGAAACUGCUCGUAACAAAUAAUGAACUUAGUAGAAAUUAGACAAAAGUACUUUUCUUAAUUUAUAUUCGAUAUAAAGUUCUACAAAAGAUUGAAGUAACAGUUUACAAAACAACGAAAUGUGUUUCGGUGUACAAUAGCUUGUUCAAGCGUCUUCAGUACUAACUAAAUCAAUCUCAGUCUCAACACGGGAGCAAGGAAUAAUAAUGAUGUGAGAAAGUUAUAUACAUCCAGUUAUGUGGAUAUUAAUGUUGGUGUCCCUCAGGGAUCAGUGUUGGGCCCUAUACUUUUUUUAUUAUGUGUAAAUAAUUUCAAAAACUACACCUCACGAUUUGAUUUCCACAAACAGUUUUUGAAAUACUAUGGAUCUUCAUCAAGUAAUGGCCGAAUCAAUCGGAAAAAAAAUUAAAUAAUAUGGAAUCCAUCUCUACAUAUGCUCAUUUUACACCAUAUGCAGAUGACACAUCAUAUUAGAUAAAAUAGAUUAAAAUCUACAAACCAAAGGUAAUUUAAUCCUGCAAAAAUCAAACACCUGGUUCAAGGAAAAUUCCCUACAUUUGAAUAAUCAAAAAACACUUUUGAUAAGAUUUCAUGCUAGACAAAAAGAAAUAGCCAGUUUCAACUUGAGAAUUGAAGAUGAUGAAAUUUCUCCGUGCUCUACAGUGAAGUUUUUAGGGGUACACUUGGAUGAAUUUCUCAGCUGGAAAACUCAUUGCGGAACAGUUAUAUCAAAAUUAAACUCCAUGAAUUAUUUUCUGAGAAACCUUGGUAAUAGACCAGAAACAGCUGAUUAUGCUGUAUCAUGCUCAAGUUGAAUCGCGUCUUCGGUAUGGUAUUACUUUCUGGGGAGCUUCCUCUUCAUGCACAGAUGUAUAGCAGGAGUCUCAAGAAAUACAAGGUGUAAAAGCAAUUUUGAAAUACUAACUUUGCCAUGCCUGCAUAUAUUCGAAUUAUGUGUUUUUAUAUAGGUGUUUCAUAAGAAAUGAAAAUGUGCAUUCUAUUGAUACCAGGUGCAAGCAAGACAGACUUUCAUAUGCCAUAUUG